CGGGAGCCGAGCGGGGCGGCUCGUCCGAGCUGCGGGGAUGCAGAGCGCCGCGGCACCCGCGCUCGCUCCGUGUUGUUUUGACAGCUCAGUUUCGUUCUACUUUAGGAGAGAAAGGAAGUCAAAUAGAUGCCCUUUAAAAACUCCCUUUCAGAAUUUAUCCCCCGGUGACCGGCGUUCUAAUUUAAUUGGAAUGGGGUGUGACUUGGCACUGAGCUUUACAUAAAGUUUCUCCAGGUGAUUGUAAUGUGGACCAUUCCCCCAGAAGAAACCAAAGAGUUAAUAUAAGAGUGGAACAACCUUGCUGAAGAUGAAGAAUAUAUAUUAGAGAAGUUUUUUCUUUUUUCCUUCAGAAGUUUUGUUUGGGGGCUUGUCUCCAGUUACCACUUCACAAUCAAGUCUGUUUACUUCAUCAGAAAUGUUUUUUACAAUCUCAAGAAAAAAUAUGUCCCAGAAAUUGAGUUUGUUGUUGCUUGUGUUUGGACUCAUUUGGGGAGUGAUGUUACUGCACUAUACUUUUCAGCAGCCAAGACAUCAAAGCAGUGUCAAGUUACGUGAGCAAAUACUAGAUUUAAGCAAAAGAUACGUUAAAGCUCUUGCAGAGGAAAACAAGAACACAGUGGCUGUUGAGAAUGGUGCUUCUAUGGCAGGAUAUGCCGAUCUGAAGAGAACAAUUGCUGUCCUUUUGGAUGACAUUUUACAACGCUUGGUGAAGCUGGAGAACAAAGUCGACUAUAUUGUUGUGAAUGGCUCAGCCACUAACACUACCAAUGGCACUAAUGGGAAUUUGGUGCCAGUAACCACAAAUAAAAGGAUAAAUGCCUCGGGCAGCAUUAGAUAGCAGUUGAAGAUCACCUUGUACUGCUGUAUCCACUACGGACUAUUUGCCAUCACGGAAAAGCUUUUUAACUGCUGGCUAGGAGAGAGUAAUACUUUACAAUAAAAGCCCAACACAUUUUCAAGGAA